CUUGGACUGGGUAGCAGACUACUAUCCCAGAGCACCUCGCUCAUGGGUGGGUGCUGUUACUGUUGGCUGGCUGGCUGGCUCUCCGUUCGCAAGUCGCGACGGUCUCAGUUCAGUCAGUCAGUCAGUCGUGUAGUUCAUCGAGCAACCUGUGGACGUGUUUUCGGAUACGCUGCUGCCGAUAGAGGCAUUCAAUCUGUAAGGCCUUAGGUGUGUUGUGUUGUGUGUUGUAGUGCUUGCCCCAUUGCUGGGCGUUGGCGAUACAAACUCGACGGGCGUGUGUAGUGACCGACAUUCGCGUGAGGCAGAGGACUGAAAAAGGAUCGCGUACCCUUCGAAUAAAUUCCGCGUAUCGUUCGUUGGCAAAUCGACGCAAACGCUUAUCAUCGACAGUGUGAUAGAUAACCGAAUAAAUUUGUGAUAAGAGUACUCAGGUGAAAUAACGAAAAUCGAUUAACCUGAGCUGAAUCAGUGCCUCAAACAAGUGCUUGUUAGUGCCAAAAGGUUUCCACGCUACGACAAAUAAUUGUGCAACCUUAGCAUGGGAAAAAGUUUGGGAAAAUAUAAUCCCAUUAUGCGUAUAGAGUAGUUUUUGUAAGUGCACGUGAAAAAUGCUGAAGAAAAGUGAAUGGAAAGGUCAAUAAAAUUCCGUUAUACAAACGCUGAACAAAGCUACAUAAAAUAGUCUCCAUCCGAGAGCCCCGAGUGGCGUUGAUUCGAACCAUAUUCAACCGGACCACUCUGGAUCGUACCGCUACAAAAGUGAUUACUCAUCGAUCUGCAGAACGGAGCUGCGGUAGCCAAUUCAUGAAUGAGUAACAGUUACCUAGAAGUCAACCUCAAUUAGUGCACACACAUACUGGUAGCACCGUCAUUUGCCUGUGAUGUUCAGUGUUCAGUGCCAUAUAAUGUGACUGUGAAAUUGGAAGCGGUAUUCGAGUGAGGCGCGUCACUUACGGUGCUGGUGUGCAAGGUGUUGGUGACUAAUAGUCAUACCUUCAUCAACAUCGAAAAAUAUUCAGCUGCAGUAACCUGCUGCUAGUAGACGUAGUAAAUCGAAGCUCCCAACGUCAUCAAUACCAUUUUUUCAACAAAGGAUAUCGUUUGAUGCAAGAAAGAAGAUCUCACCUUGAGAGUACGUAGAGACAGUAGUACUGGUGUUGAUGUUUUGGUGGUGUGAAGAGUGUUAUUUAACGCAGUUUUAUACUAACCUGAAUGAAAACGAGUAGAGCGGUGUUAAAAUCAAUAAUCAUUUCACUGCCACCACCAGCAGCCGCGGAUAUAGUGUAAUUACUGCAACGCCUGAUGCAUUGCCCGGCUGUAGGAGGCUUCGAGUGUUUACAAUAUGGCUGUGGAGAUUAACGUACGGAAAAUACAGCAAACUAGCACAGUGAGACCCGGUAGAACAAGUUUCAAUAGUGUACGGAGAAAAAGUGUUCAUCUGAGUGCUAUCCACGGUUUGCUGGGGCUUGUCACAAUAUUCUUGCUUUGCUGCAGCAAAGUGGACGGACAGUACCACACUACGCGUGACCCCCGAUGGUACUCACGAGAGGGAGAUUACAGCUACCAUUUACCGAAUCCCGGUGAUCCCGAUUAUAGGAAUAUUUUUGGAAUUAGCUAUGGAACCUACACGUACAACAAUCGUCGAUACGGAUACUACCAACCCAAUGGAUACGGUCAACAAUAUCCCGGCCAAAACCUUCCGGGCCAGUACCCUCAGAACACAGGUCUCGGAGAGGAUCGAUUCAAAUUUGACCCGACCAACCCAAACAACGUGCAGACACCGUUCCCCGGUGUUCUCGGCGGAUGGCGGGAAGAUUUGCAGGGUAAGCUACGGCGAGACUCGCUGCAACUGGACCGCGACGUGUUCGUGACCACCAACUAUGGCCAGGUGCAGGGCUUCAAGGUUCAUCUUUUCGAUGAUCCCAAUCCGAAAUCAUUCUAUCGGCCGUGGCACAGUCCGGUGGACCGGAUUAUGGGAACCUGCUCGACCUUCCUGGGGAUCCCGUACGCACUGCCGCCUACCUUUGAAGGUAGAUUCAAACCACCACGGCAGCAUCGCGGCUGGCAGCUGCUGCAGGCCGUAGAUUACGGCCCUGCCUGCCCGCAACCAGUGCAGUAUACCGGUGCGACAAAGGGAAUUCGCGAUAUGGACGAAGAUUGUCUGUAUUUAAAUGUGUUCUCGCCAAAUACCCAAUCUGGCGUAGCUCAAAAAUAUCCGGUGAUGAUUUACAUCCACGGAGGCGAAUUCGUCCGCGGAGCAUCAAACACAUUUCCGGGCCACAUGCUGGCAGCAUUCUACGAAGUGGUAGUUGUAACCUUCAACUAUCGGCUCGGUGCACUAGGGUUCCUCUCAACCGGAGAUGAAAACUCACCCGGGAAUUACGGUAUUCUGGAUCAAAUUAUGGCCGUUCGGUGGGUGUACGACAAUAUAGAAGCGUUUAACGGGGAUCGUGAAUCAAUAACCCUAUUCGGACCGGGAGCUGGUGCUGCUUCUGCCGGUUUACUCAUGGUGGCUCCACAAACCAAGGACAUCGUUACUCGUGUUAUAGCGCAGUCCGGGUCGGCAGUCGCAGACUGGGCACUUAUUGUGGAUAAAUAUCGUGCACAAAAUACCAGCAGAGUGUUCGGUCAGCUGGUUGGUUGUUCGAUAGAGACCUCCUGGAAGCUGGUAAAUUGUAUGCGGCAAGGAAGGAGUUUCUAUGAACUUGGCAAUGCGGAGUUCGCUCCGCAUGUCGGCCUGUUUCCCUGGGGACCGGUGUUGGAUAUUAAUUUCACUUUCCCAGGAGAUGAGUGGUAUGAGGGUUGGAGAGAACGAGAUUGGCAUUUUCUGUCGGAAACACCCGAAGAUCUCAUACGCAGAGGACACUACAACAGAGGACUUCACUACAUGAGUGGUGUAACACUGCAAGAGGCCGCUUUUGUGAUAUCUCAAAAUGAGAGUCUAGCUCCAUACUACGAAAUAGAUGAGAAGUUUUUCAAGCAAAAGGUGUGGGAAUUGGUCUACAGGUAUAACUACACGCUCAAUCUUAAUGGAACCUACGAAGCCAUCAAGUAUAUGUACACGUACUGGCCGGAUCCAAAAAAUACUACGUUUAUUCGAGAGCAAUAUAUUAAUCUAUUGUCGGACUUUCUGUAUCGAGCGCCUGCGGACAAGAUGAGUAAGCUUCUCUUAGAGCGUCGUGUUCCAGUCUAUAGCUACGUCAUGAAUACUACCAUAGAAGGACUGAAAUUACCGUACUGGCGAAAAGUUCCCCACGAUAUAGAACAUUAUCUUCUAACGGGUGCACCUUUUAUGGAUGUUGAAUUUUUCCCCCGAAAAGCUCGCCUGGACCGACUCAUGUGGACUGACAACGACCGAAAUAUGAGUCACUUCUUCAUGAAAACGUAUUCAGAUUUUGCACGGUAUGGAAAUCCAACUCCGCAGCGCGUAUUAGGACUCCACUUCGAGAAAGCUAUCAACGGAGAGUUGCGUUAUUUGAAUCUAAACACAACCUAUAAUUCGUCAAUAAUGAUGAACUUUAGACAAACGGAGAGCGCAUUUUGGACUCAGUAUAUACCGGCAGUGGUUGGUGUUCUAGUGCCGACAUAUCCGCCGUCGACGGAGUUCUGGUGGGAACCGAAGGAACCAUUACAGAUAGCCUUCUGGAGUAUGUCCGCUGCGUGUAUGUUGCUCAUAGUGAUUGUAGUCAUUUGUUGUAUACUGUGGAGAAAUGCAAAGAGACAAUCCGACCGCUUUUAUGAUGAAGGAGUAUUCGUUGUGGAUAAUCCAGAAUCCGAGAGAGAUAUCGGCAUCGACAAUAACGUUCUGCAGGCACAACCACUGCGCACCCGAGACAACAUUUACGAGUUCCGCGAUUCUCCAACGAAAUACAGCAAGCAUCCACCCACCGAUGCUACUUCAAUCCGAUCGCCCAGUUCGCUAGCAAUGACUCAAACCACCGGAAAGUCCAUCUCAGGUAGUCAAAGCUCUUUGCGCAGCGCCAUUUCGCUGAAGGAAUCCACAACCGUAAGUCCCACUCCGCGAAGCGAGUCAAACUUUGAUCGCAACAUAAAGUACGCCGAGCGCGGAGUGGAUACAGAAAUAAGCAAAAAUGGUAAAUUUCCACGAUCGGAUUCCAAAAAUGUACUGGGUGAUAACAAAUCGCGAGAGUUUACCACCAGCACACCAGUAGACGGCAUUCCAAGAUCUCAACAGCCGACGCCGCAGCCACAACCGGCAGCCCGAGGAGGUCGCACCGCCGGCUAUGACCGCAGCAAUAAUGCAAGUCGCACGAAUUUAAUAGAAGGAAUACCGCAAACCGAAGUUUAACCUUAUUUUAACUUAGUGAUAGAUUAGAUUUUUUGUUCACUUUAGUUUAAUUAGAAUUUGUAACGAAUUUUGUUACGAAAUGCCACACAUCCCCAUCACAAUCGGAUAAAAUCAACCUUAAUCAGAGGUCAAUAGGAGUAUUUACCCAGUAUAGUUAUCGCUAAGACAAUCGAAGCCGUACUAUAAAGAAAUAAUUGUAGAAUCUACAAUAGAUUGGAAGUUAGCAUAUAUGAAAAAAGUUAGCACCAAGUGCCUUACCUUGAAAGUAACUAUUGGGAACCACACAAACUAGAUCGUAACUUGUAUUGAGCAAAUGACUCGCAAACUAAUGCAGCUAAAUAGUUUGGAGUUGUACACGUACUGAAUUCUAUGCUAAGGGUUAACAUUAAGUUAAUGUUUUUUGUUGUGUGUACAUAACUGUACUGUGAAUGUCCACGUGUCAGUGUAUCCGUCCAAUUCCGUUUUAGUGUACCAUGUCAACGUGUUUUAUUUCUGUUGCAUUCUAGUUUAAUUUACAUUUAAUUUUUUUAAUGUCUCAACACUUAGUUAUAAGUACUUACUAUGUCUUUAUGUUCUAUCUCCCUAGCGAGACGAGCCGAUCAAAGCAAUUUUAGGCCACCCUGUGCAAAUAUUGAUUUACUUUUAUUAACACACCUGGUUGUUAUUACUGUGUAUAUGUACUGUCUUCCAGCAAUCACUGAAUAGGUAUCCUGCAUCUAUGUUCCAUCAAUUAUCAGUUCUGUGUUCAAAGCUGAAUCAAUUUCUUACCUGAUUCAUGUAAUUAGUAUUAUCUUGAAUGUUUAAUGUGUUAAUAAAGUAAAACACAAUCGAAUUUUUCAUUUAGCUUAUUUUUCCUCCAAUCAUGCGCUGUAGUUUAUUUUAAAUGAAUCGACAUCAUUUAGAUCACUUGUACAUAUAGUAAUGAUUUGGCAAAGAUUGAUUACCAUCUAAGUAUUAACGAUUUCGGUUUAAACUUGCUGCACGAAAAAAAAAGUAAUACGCACAUUUGAAUGCAUUUUUAGGGAUAGGAAUUAAUCAUUUAAAAUGUAAUGUUCGUCAGAAAAAUAAAUAAACUUCAUUGAAAACGAG